GCACUUACUCCACGACUAUACACGAACCAGAUUUGACGUGUACAGGUUGCCGGCGAGCGUAUUUGAUGCAUCUCCAGCAGCAGUCUCCGUCUCGUUGUCAUUAACGCGUUCACGAUGUUACGGGCAACGUUUUUAAUCGCGAUAUGCGCCCUUGCCGUCGUGCACGCCGCGAAUCUAGAAAUUGUGCCCGACGAGGAGCUCCUGAAUCUGAUAAAAACCGAAAAAUACGUCGUCGUCCUGUUCACCAGGAAAGAUUGCCCGGAAUGUGAGAAUUAUGAGAAGGUGCUGAUUCAGUUGCGGGAGGACCUGGUGGACUCGCUGUCCACAUGGAUCGUCAAGGUUGUCGACAGUCAACUACUUCACCUGUACAGUUCCGAUAAGGAACCCAUUCUACUAUUCUUCCGACAUGGGCUUCCACUGUUGUACGAUGGACGCUUAAACGACGAGGAUAUACUGACUAUGUUCACGGAAAAUAAAGUACCCGCGGUGAAGGAACUCACGGACGACACGUUUGAGCAUCUAACUCAAGCGAGUAGCGGUGCGACGACCGGCGACUGGUUCAUCAUGUUUUACAGUACAGAUUGCGUACAGUGCUUGCGUUUGAUCGCGAGAUGGGAGACGGUCGCCGCGAAGCUCAAGCAGAGGGUGAACGUGGCGCUCAUCAACAAAUCCACAACUGGGGUUUCCACAGCCAGGAGGUUCAACGUUUACGACACUCCGCAAUUUAUAUUCUUCAGACACGGCAAAAUGUACCGGUAUGACACGGCGAGGUACGACGUCGGCUCCCUCGUAUCAUUCGCCAAGGAAUGGUACAGAAACGUGAAAGCGGAAAAAGUGCCUGUCCCUCAAACUCCCUUUGACGAUUUCACGCAGAUGAUCGCGAACUUCCUUCGCGAUAACCCGUGGAUACUUAAGCUGAGCAGCAUUUGCAUCGGGAUACUGGUCGUUAUUACGGCUGUGUCGAAAUUUAGGCACAAGCCCGAGACGCCGCAGAAGAAAGAGAAAUAAGUCUAUCGCGCUUUGAUUUGCCAAAGGUACACGGAUGUUUUUCUAUCAUUACCUACUAAACGUACUAAAAUUAAUUGUUAAUUGUACAUUAGGUUAUCGCACGUACAAGAGACAACUUGUGCAACUUCAGAUUUAAUAAUGCAUUAUCACACGAACCUGUUUGUCUCUUUUAGGAUUCUUCGACGAAGUUUCUCAUUGUCAUAGUAACAGUUUCAUGAGAGAUGAUUGAGAAAUGUUCGCUUAUACAUACAUAUAUACACACACACACAUAUAUAUAUAUAUAUAUAUAUAUAUAUAUAGUUUAGAAUAUAGAAUUAUGUCAGUUGAGCGUGUGCAUAUACCAUCUCCAAAUUAGUCGAAGACUAAUAUUGAAGAAUCAAUACUUGAACUAUAACAACCUAAUGUACAAAUAUCUGUCUUAUAUAUAAUUCCGGCAUAGCAAAUUAGAUAUAUUUUUUACUCAAGAGAUGCAUUCAAACACAGAUAGAGCAAGUAGAGUGAUAGGAAAUUCAAAAAUAAGAGCAAAGAUAUAUUGUUAUAGUUUCUUAAACUAACAUGUGCUUUAUCGAGAGAAAGAUUGUUAUUGUCGUCUACCUAUUGCGCGCAAUACAUUCCAGCAAUUGUGUAUCAUGACACGACUACGUUAUAUCUAUUGUUCCAGACUUUGUUACUGCUCUUUUUUUUAUAUAUAUAUAAACGAUUUGUAAAUAAAUUAAUUUUAUUAA